CUUCAGUGGUAAACAACAUUAAAAAUCCCAGUUUGCUCCAACAACAGAUCAACUGUAAAUCCCAGUUUGCCGAUGUUGUAGUGUCCCUCAACUUAGACACUUCCUUCCGUCCGCACUCAAAAAGGGAUGAAUGGGGUUCUGAUUUGGUCUUCAUAUAUGAAAGUUUUAAUCUAUUGAUUGAUUGUGGAAUUGAAAUGGCUUAUAGACGUAGUGUUUGUGCUCGAGCAACCCUCUUAACUAGAAGACUCAAUCCUUGUUUUGGUUAUUUAUCUCAUCACAAUGAUAGAAGUAAAAACAGUGCUGAUCAUGAAGCACUGUCGAGGGGGCGGAUUGAUGAUUUUUUAAGCCAAAGGAGGUGUUUUGGAUCUUAUAUUAGUAAUUCUAGGACAACCAAUAGCUUAUUUCCUAAUCAAAGGUCAAUUUUCACGGGAAAUGGAUAUGGGGUUAUGAAUUUUCAUCAUAGAUAUAUGUCAACUUCGAUAGGUAAUAAAACGGACAGUGUUGAUUUUAUUAGCGAUGUUUCUGGGGUCAUUGUUGAUACCCCGGUUGAGGUAGUUGCUACUCAGGCUGCCCCUGUUGCAAACGAAGUUGCGAUUGCGGCUGCAGAUUCUUUGUGGCCGGUUGCAGCUUUGCAACAUUUGAUUGAUGCAGUUCAUUCUUUUACUGGUUUGAAUUGGUGGGCUUCAAUAGCUCUUACAACUUUGUUGAUUCGUGGGAUUACUAUUCCGUUCCUGAUUAAUCAACUUAAGUCCACCUCCAAGUUAUCAAUUAUGAGGCCACAUAUUGAGGAAAUUACGAAGGAAGUGCGAGAUAAGGGUGAUGAUCCUGAUGCUAUAGCCGAAGGGAGGCAGAAGCUGCAGGCACUGUUCAAAGAAAAUGGUGUUACUCCAUUUACUCCACUUAAGGGACUACUCAUUCAAGGUCCGGUCUUCAUGAGUUUUUUCUUUGCUAUAACAAACAUGGCCGAGAACCUUCCAUCGUUUAAAAAUGGUGGAGCUUUAUGGUUUACUGAUCUUACGACUCCUGAUGCUACGUACAUCUUACCUGUUUUGACGGCAGUGACAUUUCUUAUUACUGUGGAGUUCACUAAAUACUUCCGCUAUGGCUCGUCUCAGUGCAAUAUGCAGGAAGGUCUGGAAGGUAAUCCUGUUGGCAAUGUCAUGAAAAAGUUUUCACGAGCCUUAGCUAUUCUUUUUGUUCCAUUAACAAUGAAUUUCUCAAAGGCUAUCUUUUUUUAUUGGAUCACUUCUAAUAUUUUCUCUUUCGUCUAUGGAGCUGUGCUAAGACUUCCUGGUGUUAAGCCAGCAUUGGGAAUCCCUACAAUAACAAUGCCGCCUCCUAGCACCUCGCAACAAAGCUCAACAUCCUUCUUUGAUGUAUCCAAAGUAGCAGCGUCACAGUUGAAGGAGCAAGCUUCAUUGCCGGCUACUCCUGACCAAGCUAAAUCCGAUAAAGAAAAAUCAGCAUUAUCAUCUGCGUCAUCGUUGGAAACUGUUAGUGAACGCCUUAAAGCAUUAGAGGAUCAAGUGAAACAAAAGACAAACGAUAGGCAGUAAAGUCAUUUCAUGAUGUACUAUCUAUCAUCAUUCCGGGAGCCUAUGUCGCUAUCGAUUUUGUUUCGUGAACGUGAGAUAAGUGCUGAAAGAUCAACCAUAGGCCAUAACUGCCUUUUCUUGUGGAAUAAGGAGAACUGGAGUAGUUGUACCUUCAAGAAGAGUAGGUGUUACUUCGAUAAAUUUGGACUUGUAUACAAGACUCAUACAAGGGUUCAUAUAAGGGGAGAGUUGACUGCACAUAAAUCCGAUGAGGUUCCAUCUUAAAAUCACUUGGUAUAAGGAGGAGUAGCCCAUCAAUUAAAUAUAUAUAUGUUAGUCAACCUCUUUGUAAUUCUUCGAUGUGAUCGAUCACAUGUGGUACAUUUUUUCAACAUAGUGAUCAAUCCGGUGGGGUUAAACCAAUUAAGGAAUGGAUGACGGCUCACUGCUUUUUCCUGGUGAGGAAUUAUGCCUUAGGAUUAUAUAACAUUGGAUGACAAUUCUUUAUUAUACUUGCAUUUAUAGAAAAACAUUGCGAAUGACGUCGUGAUUGCAUUAAUGGUUGCAAAUUCCCGAACGCAGCACCUCACGAUGUUAUAACUCUUGUAAAUUGCGAUGUGAAUUGUUAACUUAAUUAUUUUCAUUUUUAUUGUAGUUAAUAGUAAUUUAAGCUUUCGAGAACAUAUAAUUAAAAUAAAGCUUAUAAUAAGUCUUUUAGAACCUAAUACUUAUUAGUAAAAAACUAUUAUAUUGGCUAAUAAGUAAUACUCCUUCAUAAUGAUUAUUACUCCUUGAUUUUGAAUCACAAAAUGGGGUUUUGACUUUUGAGGAAUAGUAAGAUUAACGGUCAUUAUUUAAUGAAAUGAUCUCAUUUUUAUUCUAUGCCCGUUGGGUCGACUCCGGUAUUGCUAGAUCUUCCAUAGUGUAUCACAACCAGAGUUGUCGAAUCGGGUGCUCCGAGUUGGGUAUUGGGUUUGCAUACUAUUUUUUGGUUUACUUUGUACUUAACGUGUCUAGCGGGAGUUCACAAGUUUAGUAGUCUUCUACACAUUCUUGUGUUGAAACUUGAAAGGGAUUGUCAAGUUAACAUAUUUUUAAUUUUGUAAAAGAGUUAAAAACAUAUUUAUAAUAUGCAUCAUUUCUUGAAUAGAUCAUUUGGUAUUAUUUGAAUAUACUUAGAAUAUACGGUUUGUUUUGUCGUAUAGCAUGGAUAUAAUAGUAAGUCAAUGGGUUAGUUGUUGACUAGUUACGAAGAAUCAUUAAGCACGUUAUUAGUUCGUCUAUUAAGAUUUAAGAUUUAAGACCGUGAACAAGUUGGACAUUUUAUAAUUCUGAUUUUGAGCAAUUAUAAUAUUUAUAUAUACUCAUCAAUUCAUGUUCACAAGGAUAAUUAAAGAGUUUUGUUAUUUUAUUCAGGUUGUGGUAGAGGUGUAAUUUCUAGUGUUUUGGUGAAGUUUAGUAUAUAAUAAUCCUUAUAGAGUUGGGUUAAUUUCACUUUUGGAGUAUAUGUAAAUAUUUUUAAAAUUUGAUUUUAAUUUUAUGUACGAGUUAUUUUCAAUUGUUUCGGUCGGGUUACAUUCGAAUUUGGUUUAUCGAGUCAAUUUUGAACAACUUUAGUUGUAGUUUUAAACCAAAGAGGUAGUGGACUGUUGGUUAAAAGCUAAAAGAUCGAGGUAUUUGGUACAAUAGAUGUUAGGUUCAUAAACUUUGUAUUGGGAUCGAUUUUGUGGGGUGGUUAGAAGAGUAAUGGUAAGUGUUAGGUUCAUUUAUUCUCGAGUCGAGGAAUUCUUUGGCCGCCUCUCUUUUGUGGGUAUGAGUUACCGUCUUUCUUUACUCCCCAGACAUUGAUCAUAGUUUUAUAUUUUCUAUUUUGUUUUUGAGUUUUAGAAAUCAGAGUGUCGAUUGUUGAGUUUUUGUGAUAAAAAAUUAUCAAAUAACAAAAAUAAAUUUACAUUGCAAUUUUUCAAAUUAAAGUUCAGGGUAUGGAGAAUCCUCUACAAACAAAAAAGGAAGAUAAUUUGUUUUUUUUUACGCGGUGAAAAUCAAAUUUUUAUUUCAGCCGGUCUCUUGAGAGAUCCACACUCUCAAGCCCAGUUCAUUAAAGGUUAAUGCAUGCUCUUACUUUAUAUUUUUCUUUAUUGUUCGAUCCAAUUAAAGAUAAUCACUCAAAAAGAUCGUCUUUUACAAGAAUAUGUGUUUUUAUGU